AUGGCCAGCAACGACGAGUACGACUACCUGUUCAAGGUUGUCCUUAUUGGAGAUUCGGGCGUCGGAAAGUCCAACCUGCUCUCGCGGUUCACGCGCAAUGAAUUCAAUCUGGAGUCCAAGUCGACCAUUGGCGUCGAAUUCGCUACUCGGAGCAUCCAGGUCGACAGCAAGACAAUUAAGGCGCAAAUUUGGGAUACAGCCGGCCAGGAGAGAUACCGUGCCAUCACCAGUGCGUACUACCGCGGAGCCGUUGGAGCGCUGCUCGUCUAUGACAUUGCCAAGCAUGCCACCUACGAGAAUGUGUCGCGCUGGCUCAAGGAGCUGCGCGACCAUGCCGACAGCAACAUUUCCGAUUUGAGGCACCUUCGCGCCGUGCCGACCGAAGAGGCCAAGCAGUUUGCCUCCGAGAACGGUCUGUUCUUCAUCGAGACAUCGGCCCUCGACUCGAGCAAUGUCGAGCAGGCAUUCCAGCAGAUCCUGACAGAGAUCUACCGCAUUGUGUCGAACAAGGCGAUCGAGUCGUCGCAGGACAACGUUCAGCCGGGAUCUGGCGCCCAGAUCAUCGUGCCAACGGCCGACGACCACGCCAAGAGUGGAUCCAACUGCUGCUAA